UUCUGGUUCUUCGCUGACAUCUCCCGAUCGACGGUUAUCACAUCAAGUUUCCCAUUCUUGAGAAGUUGCCGGUUAUUCUUCGGGCAGCGGACAAUAUUCUUGGCCUCUAUGGUUUCUGGAACCAGUGUGAAUAUAAUUUUGAACCUGUCGUCGUCGGGCGGGGCCUCGCAUUCGUGGGGCCAAGCAACCCUAGUCGCCCCAGAUGCUGCAUGCCUAGCGGAAGACAUGACCGUGGUUGAGAAAAGACUGGCUGGAAGAGAAGAUCAAGAAGAAAGCGGUGUGCUGCAACGGGGGGUAGAGGGUGGUGCGACGAGACGAGGAGUUACAUGACUGUUCC